ACCCAUGCAGCUGCAAAGGGUACAUGGAGAGCGGUCCAGGCCGGUCUAACGCUUCCUAUAAAAACAGGAGUCGCCAAACCGAAGCACUACUCCGCCGCACCUCCUCGUCCGGAAUUGACUUGUCACUUUCGAGAAAGUCUUGGGAUCAUUUCGGCUGAGAUGACCCGACCUCUGUUCAUCAUCAUGGGCUUGAGCCUCCUGCUGGGGGCCAGCGCUCAGGGGCCUCAGAUCGGCUUCUGUAACUCUUACCAAACAACGCAGAGCUUCGAUGAAGCCUUCAUUCAGAAGAUGCAAGCCAACGCGGAUGGAUAUUCAUUCGCCCUCACUUCCGGUCCGACUUUUGGCUGCCAGAACAUAAAAUUUUUCCCCAACGGAACAUAUGCCUACGACUUCAUCGACGUGAGCAACACGCAUGUCAACGCCACAGGCACCUACACCGCGACUCCUUUCUCCUACACGUCCCCGUCCAGCAUCAGGCUCUCGUCCCUGCCUUAUGGAGAACUGGGAUCCAUGUUCGGUGCGAUCAGCUUGAGUGUGCUGGCAGCGACUGAAGACUACAUAGCGCUGCUCUCCUGUGUCAACAUCGGCCUCAUCCGCACGCAACAACUGCACAUCCUGAUACCGAAAGCCAAAAGCGCUUCAAUUGUGAUGCCGGAGUUCAAUGCGACUAUUCAGGCGCUUGAUCUCCCCCUAGAGGAGUACCUCCAGGAAGUUCAGCAAACGUGCGCCGCAAAUGUGCGCCAAUUGUCGGAAAUCUUAUUCCUCUACAGAUUGCUGGUCAAAUUCGGAGUCAUCCCUCCUGUCUUAGGGAGUGAAAACCAGGCCAGUAACAAUCCUACGUUAUACGCCGCAUUAGCAAGCCCUAAUGAGAGUUCGGAUGCCACCGACGCUAUCACACAAGCCGUCGUUCAAGCUCUGAACUUAUUGCAAUCAAAUGCACAAUCAUUCAGCUAUCCUCAACCUACUACUUUCAGUGGGCACCAAUUGAACUCCGCUCCUGUAGUCGCAGGUCAGCAAGUCUUUCCUCAAACUACGGUUCAGUUUGGCGGCGCUCAGGUACAGAAUCCAGCAGUCAAUGUAUACCCUGUGGCAUCCCCUGUUGCUGGUAACUUUGUCCACAAUCCUGCACAAUUCUCUGGGUACCCAUCAUUUAUUUCUCCAAGCUUUUCUUCCUCGUUUGAUCCGUUCCGCGCUGUACGACCUGCAGUUUCCGUCCCGCAGCCGUUGCAUGUAGGGCAGCCAGAGACUGGCGUCUUUAACGCCAUCUUCCAACGUUGAUCGCUAUCAUCAAUGGCGAUUAAUUGGGCAUUAAUAGUCUAGCUCCAGGACUACUUUCUCUAGUACGAACUUAUUUUGUGAACAAAGACAAUGAGUAACCAAAACGAAUCGAGUUUUUCAUUUUACUAUAAUGCUAUGGAUUUUUAAGUUUAUUUUUGAACAAGCGACUGGUGUUCUUCGUACAUUAAUUAAAACUUCCUAUUCUAUCAGAGCACAUCUUGUCGAAAGUUGAAUAAACGGACUAUCAUUUUGA